AUGGCAUUAGCUCAGUCUUUAGCUUCAUUAUCAUUAGCUGUAUCAGGUGAAACUGCCAACGUAUUACCAACCAAGACUUUGGUAUUCAAACCAAAGACCGCUAAAACAGCUACACCUGUUCCUGUAUUAGUUUUUGCACUUCAGUCUACUGUCACACCUACUCCAACCAUUGCCAAGUCUGCCAAUGUCAAGGAACCAAGAUUAGCAAAAGACGAUUUGGUGCAAGAAUUUUUCAAGACCUCUGCUAAAGAAGUGUCAAUCGCCAACUUGUCGCAAGACUUGGCGGGAAAGAUAAAAAUCGUACUUGAUGAUAACAUUCUCAAAGCAGCAGAAAAAGAUGAAACCUUGAAGUUGGCAACUGAAACCGAAGCUGCUUGCUUGCAUGCAAGAGCAGUCUUGGAAUUCUUAAAGUCUACAGGAAUUGAAAUUGUUGAAACUGAUUUUGUUGCUGAACCAGUUGCUACCGUUCCAUCAAAAGAUAAGAAACCAGCGCCUGCAAAGAAAGAUGACGCAAAGAUUGAAGAUGCCAAAUUGAUUGGUAUCACUAUCGACAAGGAAAAGGAUUUCUCCAACUGGUACACACAAGUUGUAGUAAAGAGUGAAAUGUUGGACUACUAUGAUGUUUCGGGCUGUUAUAUCCUUAGACCAAACUCAUACGCUGUCUGGGAAACCAUCCAAGACUGGUUUAAUCAAAAAAUUAGAUCUUUGGGUGUGCAAAAUGCAUAUUUCCCAAUGUUUGUCUCCCAAAGGGUUUUGGAAAAGGAAAAGGAUCAUAUUGAGGGAUUUGCUCCUGAAGUUGCAUGGGUAACCAAAGCUGGAAACUCAGAAUUGGAUGAGCACAUUGCUAUCAGACCGACUUCUGAGACUGUUAUGUACCCAUACUAUGCCAAAUGGAUCAGAUCGCAUCGUGAUUUGCCAUUGAAAUUAAAUCAAUGGAACUCUGUUGUUCGUUGGGAAUUUAAGCACCCUCAACCAUUUUUAAGAACCAGAGAAUUCUUAUGGCAAGAAGGUCACACCGCCCACUUGACAAAAGAAUCAGCCGCUGAAGAAGUUUUGCAAAUUUUGGACUACUAUGCUGCUAUUUACGAGGAGUUGUUGGCUGUUCCUGUUGUUAAAGGUAGAAAAACUGAAAAUGAAAAAUUUGCAGGUGGUGAUUAUACAACCACAGUAGAGGGUUUCAUUGCUGCAACCGGUAGAGGUAUACAAGGUGGUACCUCACAUCAUUUAGGACAAAACUUUUCUAAAAUGUUCAAUAUCUCGGUCGAAAAUCCAGAUGGUGCUGAUAAGGAACGUUUGUUUGCUUAUCAAAACUCAUGGGGUUUGUCCACCAGAGUUAUCGGUGUUAUGGUCAUGACACAUUCAGAUAACAAAGGUUUGGUUUUGCCGCCUAGAGUAGCACAGACACAAGCUGUGGUUAUCCCUGUUGGAAUCACGGCUAAAACCAGUGAAGAGCAAAGGAAGCAAAUUAAUGAUGGUGCUGAGAAAAUUGAACAAAGAUUAAAGAAAGCUGGUAUCAAAGCUACUGGUGAUUACAGGGACUCUUACAAUCCAGGUUGGAAGUUUGCCGAUUGGGAAUUGAAAGGUGUUCCUCUUCGAUUAGAAUUCGGGCCAAAAGAUUUGGACUCAAAGCAGGUCACUGUUGUUAGAAGAAACGAUGGUCAAAAAUACACUGUCAAGUUGGACGAAUUGGAAAAACAAAUCCCGGAAUUGUUGGACGACAUGCAUGAGGCAUUGUUAGCUAAAGCUAGAAAAGAUUUUGAUGAACAUAGAGUAUUGGUUGAAAACUGGAAGGACUUUGUCCCAACUUUGAACAAGAAGAAUGUUAUUUUAGCGCCAUGGUGUGGUGAUGCCGAUUGUGAAGAUGAUAUCAAAGACUCAUCAGCUAAAAACGAUGAUGGUGAAGAUGGCGAUGUAGACGAGAAGGCUCCGUCAAUGGGUGCCAAAUCGUUGUGUAUCCCAUUUGAACAACCAAAUUUGAAGUCUGACCAAAAAUGUGUCAAGUGUGAUAGAAAGGCUAUUACGUACUGUAUGUUUGGUAGAUCUUAUUAG